AUGAAACAAUCAAACCAUAAAAGUGUCGUCACACGUAUCUCCUCGGGAAAGUCAACACUCAUACGAAGGAUACGAAGGAUACAUGCCAUUGGCAAUACACCUUUGGUGAAGUUUAAUCGAAUACCUCAAGCAGAGGGCAUUGAAUGCGAGAUUUUGGCAAAAUGUGAAUUUUUGAAUCCUGGUGGUAGUACUAAGGAUAGAAUAUGAUGGAAAAUGGUUGAAGAUGCUGAACGUCAAGGAUUGCUAAGACCUGGAAUUACAACAAUUGAACCAUCAUCAGGAAACUCAGGAAUUGGAUUAGCCAUGGCUGCUUCGGUUAAGGGAUAUGGUUGCAUAAUAGUGAUGCCAAUGAAAAUGUCUCGUGAAAAGGUAGAUACUCUACGAUUGCUAGGUGCAACAAUUGUGCGUACACCUACAUCAGCUGCUUUUAAUGAAUUGGAUGGUUUGAUACGUGUAACACAGAAGUUACAUUUGGAAGAUCCUGAAAAUACCAUAAUACUUGAUCAGUAUCGUAACAAAUAUAAUCCACUGGCACAUUUUGAUGGUACUGGCCAAGAAAUAUUGGAACAAACAAAUUAUAAAGUAGAUGCAGUAGUGGCUAGUACUGGUACAGGUGGUACAAUUACAGGCAUUGGCAGAAAGUUGAAACAAGUACUUGGAGAUAAAUGUCGCAUAAUAGCAGCUGAUCCUUAUGGUAGCAUCUUAUCACUGCCUGAAAGUCUUAAUGAAACAGAUAUACAGAUGUAUGAUGUAGAAGGCAUUGGUUAUGAUUUUGUGCCAACAGUGUUGGAUAGAUCAGUUGUAGAUGAAUGGAUUAAGACUGAUGAUAAACACUCUUUUCCCAUGGCUAGAAGAUUGGCACGUGAAGAAGGAAUUUUGUGUGGUGGAAGCAGUGGUUCGGUGAUGCAUGUUGCUCUUCAAGCAGCCAAGACUAUGAAGAAAGGUCAAAGGAUAGUUGUAAUAUUACCUGAUGGUAUACGAAAUUAUAUGUCCAAGUUUGUUCAAGAUGAAUGGAUGCGUGAAAAAGGACAUAACCUUGUUGAAGAUGAGCAGCAAUUGUCUGAAAACAGUUAA